AUGGCCUCGGCCAUCAGUGACGAACAAAGCAGAUCUGCUGCAAACGCACAGCCGUACACAAUUUAUCACAAGCUCACCGCUGAAUUCAUCGGUGUUCUGAUUUUCGUCUUUUUCGCUGUCACGCUGACAAUAUAUUUAUGCGGAAAGAUGCGACUCCUCGAGGCUGCUUGCUACAUUGUCAUCCAACUAAUCGCAGGCUUUGUCGGUGUAAUGUUGUGCCGAGUGAGUUCAGUCUAUGAUGAUGAAUUGCAGGGCGUGAUAAUAGAGACUAUCCUCACGUGGGUAUUAACUCAAACAGUUCUGAUGUCAGCAGUUGAUACAACCGAAAACUCUUUCGCACCGCUCGCCAUCGCAUUUUCCGUGACGUCUGGCAUUCUUGCUGGGUAA